CCUAUAUACCCUCCAUCGCCAUGUUGGCGACACCUUUCAGUGGAGGUCCAGGGCAGUCAUUCUUUACACACAUUCUUUUAUAUCCACCCUCGAAAUGACAGGACAGGCGCCGUUGGUGAUGGGUGUGGUGUGGGUGUUCACGGGGUUUACUGCAUUCAUCGUGAUGGCGAGGAUGUUUAUUCGAUCGAGGAUUCUGCGAAAUGUAGGAUUGGAUGAUUGGUUGAUCGGUAUAUCCAUGAUCUUCGGCAUCAUCUACGCCAUCACCACCACCAUCAGCGUCUCAUUCGGAUACGGCCAACACGCCUCGACAUUAUCGCCCGACAACGUCUCCAACUCUCUCUUAUGGUGCUAUAUUUCUUUCAUCUUUGGCAUUCUCUCCUUUGCAAUUCCCAAACUCGCCAUCGCGGCGUUGCUCAAUCGACUCUUCAACCCGGGCUACUGGAAUCGCAUCUGGCUCUGGUUUCUGACUGGGCUGGUGGCUGUCGUCGCUGGAAUCAAUAUCAUCGUGCUGUUUACGCAGUGUACGCCAAAAGUGGCGAUGUGGAAGACGGAAUUGAUACUCUCUGGUCAAGCAAAGUGUCGCGAUCCGUGGAUUUUGGUUGGAUAUGCGACUUUUAACGGGGCUUUCUCCGGCUUUGCGGAUUUGUAUCUGGCCGUCUACCCCAGCUUUGUGCUGUGGAAGCUGCAGUUGUCGCUGCGGAAGAAGGUGGCGUUGAGUGCCACUCUGGGCUUUGGUGCUGUUGCCUGCUCCAUCGCCAUCGUCAAAUGCGUCCAACUCAAAAGUCUCGCCGAUCUAUCCGAUCCUACCACCGCCACCGUCCCCCUGGUAAUCUGGACCAACGUCGAAGCCAACAUGGUCAUCAUUGCCUCGUGCAUCCCAACGCUGCAACCCCUCCUUGAACUCAUCAUGGGCAAACGCAAACUCUCCUCCUUUGCCCGCUCAAACCGGUACCAGCAAAGCACGACCCAAGUCAACCACAGCAAGCAGUCGAAUAUCUCGAAAAAGAAAGUCAGUCACAAAGACGCGGAGAGCCAGGAGAGUGUGCUUCGACUGCCUGGGGCGGAUGAGGGGUUUUAUAACAUACGACGCACGGAUGAUGUGUGUAUUGAGUAUGAGAUGUAUUCGCCGACGUUGGUGUCGCCGAGGGAUCAGAGUAGUUUUGAUUAGACGUUCUUUUACUAUUUUCUAUGAUUGUUUAUGUUGUUUAUAUGGAUUGGAGAUGGUUAUGGAUAUAAUUAAUUUAUAAUGGAGGCGCUAAAUUGCGCAAUGCAUACAGGGAUGAUAAGCCUCACCCG